AUGGCUUAUGGCCGCUCCGCACUGCACGGGGCGGCACGCCCCGCCCCGCCCCCCCUGGCUACGGCCCCCACCCGGUAUAUAAGUGGGGCAAGGGUGCCAGUGGUCAGUACAGUCUUUGAUCAGUGCUUCUCGCCCACCAUCAUGUACAAGAUCACACCACACCAAUAUAAUUUGUUUCAGCUCAUCGUCCUCGCCGCCGCCUUGGCUGUUGCCAACGCUGGUCUCCUAGCCGCCCCCGCCUACGCCCCCGCAGCGUACCAUGCUGCUCCCGCUUACGCUCCCUUAGCAUCAACCGCCGUCGGCUCUACUGCCCAGAGCACCGUCCGUUCCCUGGACGGCAACUCUGUGGUCUCCCAGUACUCCAAGGCCGUGGACACCGCCUUCUCCAGCGUCCGCAAGUACGAUACUCGCGUCAGCAACGACGGCGUCGCCAUCGCUCCUGCUUACCACGCUCCUGCUGCUUACGCACCUGCUGCCUACGCUGCCCCCGCCUACGCCGCCCCUGCUUACGCUCCUCGCGCUUACGCCGCUCCCGUCGCCGCUGUCGCCGCCCCCGCCUACGCCCCCCGAGCCUACGCUGCCCCCGUCGCCGCUCACGGAGGUCUCCUCGGAGUAGCUUACUCUGCCGCCCCCGCCGUCACUCACCUUUCCUUCGACGGAUACGGCGUCCACUACGGAUACUAAAAACACUAUUCCUUUCUAUUCAUAAUUUUACCCAAGUCCACCUUACCAAAUUUAU